UGCAAGCGUUAGUUCCUUUAGUUUAGAAAUGGAUACAUGCUAUUAAACAUAGAAGAAUGUUUUUACAAAAUGGUAGAGACUUAGAUAAAGAUGUAUCAGCGUUAGCCACAGAAAACUCUGACACAGUGAGUGUACUUAUCAAACUUACAAAGGAGAUACGGAAUGAUGACACUGCAGAACUCUGUUGUUAUCAGUUACUAAAUCAUGUUCGAUGGAAAGAUAUCCUGUUUGGUAUUUUCAAUCUCUUGGCAAAUAAAAAUGAUAGAAUUUCAGGUAAUGCUGCUUACAUAAUUGGUUCUAUUUGCAAGUUCGAUGUUGGCAAAUCACGCAUUGUUGAUGUUCUUCUUGAUGGGCAACACAAAGUUGUCGACGAGGUGUUAUCUGUUUUGAACAACAUCCUUGCAUCCAAACAAGAAGAGAGUGUGAUGAAUGCUCUUGGAACCAUUGCCACCAUUGCUGACAAUAAGGAUGGUCGUGUUUGGUUGUUACGAAAUUUCGAAUUAGACGAUAGUAUUGAAUUGAGUUGCGCCCUUGUGGUUUCCGAUAAUGAACCAAUUGCGAACAAUGCAUCACUAUUUCUUGCCAGGUUAACAGUUGACGAAGAAGGAUGUGCUCGUAUUUUAAACAUAAGGUGUAGCAGGAAGAUAUUUCUGAAUCUCAUUGAUGGUUUGAUUUGCGAUAAACCUGAUCGUGCUAUGAAUGCGGCUUUCGCACUGGGACGGUUAUUUCAAUUGGAAAGUGGACAAAGGAAUUUGUUAAAAAUGAAACAAGCAGAUAAUAUGCUUCAGUACUUGAUUGAUAUGUUAUUCUCUGAAGACUUCGGCUGUCAAAAAAAUUCCAGUUUUGCACUGCAGUCUUUGGCUUCUGGUGCUUCAGGAUGUAAUCGAUUAUUGGAACAUACGGAAAAGGAAAGAAUGUUCAAUCGUGUUAUUGAGUUACUGCAAGACGAUAAAAUGGCUCUCUUUGCAGCAUACUUUUUGCAGUCUAUAGUACUCCAUAAGAAAGGUUGCAUAUUCAUUAGAGACCAUCCACGCAUAAAGUUACAACUGCAGGCAGUUAUAAAAUCUCCAACCUCCAAUAAAGAAUUAAAUGAUGAGCUUCAAUUUGUACUUGAGUGCACUGCAGAUUUGGAGAAACCGAACUCUCCCAAAGUGACAGUGGAAAGUGCAACAUCUGUGACGUUGUACUGGACCAAGUUCUAUCCAAAGAAUGGAUUUGAAGUUUAUUAUCACAUACUCCAAGAUUCACAAGAAAUAUAUGUUGGUAAAAAUUCGGAACUCACAGUAGCCAAUUUAAAGCCGAACAGAGACUAUCAUUUCUCAAUGCGCAUAUCUUCCGAAGGAGUUUCAAGCCCACUUAGCGAGAACUCGUUGGCAAAGAUGCCCGAAUCAAUUCCUAGUGCCCCCACCAACGUUCAUAUUAUUAGUCGAAGUACAUCACAAUUAAAAAUAUGUUGGGAUGAACCAAUUGAACCGAAUGGAGAACUAAAGGGAUAUAUCCUCUCCAUCGUAGGGAAAUCAAUUAAAGUUCAAUUAAAGGACAGUAGUUAUUUAUUUAUAAACUUGAUGCCUAACACAAAAUAUCACUUUGAAGUUUGUGCUGUAACUUGCAAAGGUCCAGGAGAAUGUGCUUCUCUUGUUACAUCCACACAUAAUCUGAGUGUUUAUGCGCCUUCAAAACCUGUUCUUCGUGUGUUGGGUCGCACUGAGAUCAACGUUUCUUGGGAUGCACCUCAACAUCCUCUCGGCCGGUUAAACUAUUACGAUGUUCGUAUGAAUAACCAGGUAAUAUACAAUGGAGUGGACAGAAAUUUUACAGCUAAAAGUUUGAUUCCAGGAAAAGAAUACACGUUUACGGUUUCAGCAUGGACUAGUGAAGGUAGAUGUGAAAGCGAGGCAAGUUCCAGGAAAACGCCUAAACAGUAUAAGAGGAAAGACAGCAUUAAAAAAUAAAAAUGAUACGUGGGUUGACUUCAUUCAAACGCCCAGCUUCUGGUCGCACGAAAUAUUCGUAAAAAGAAUUCCUCAUCAAUCUAAGCUACAUGACUUUUUUGAGACAUUUCGAUUAUUACGUGAUUUGCUUCUUCAUGUCAGCUUGAAUAACUUCAUUUAGCCUUAACCACCCUUUUCCUAGUAAAGCUGAAAUUUCAAAAUCUGCAACCUCCUAAGCUAACUUAGUUAACCAACUAAAGCUAGCAGAAGUGGUACGUACACUGAACCAAGGUGGAAGGUAACUUUCAACUCAGGUUUCAGCUACCAUUUAAUUUGUUAUAGCAACUGUUAUAUAGAUAUAUUUUAUAUAUGCGUUGAAAGUUUUAAGAUUGUAUAUAUAUUCUUUUUAAAUUAGUUUUUUUCUACGUUAUUUCUUGUUAUGGUUUGAUUUCAGUUUAUUCAUAAACAGCUUAGAAUAAGCAGAUUUUCUUAUUUUGACAGAUGUAGACAAAAGUGAAUGUAUAAAUAUAUUUUUGGAAGUUAAACUAAAAUUAUAUUUUUAAAAGAAUAUUUUAGUAAAAUAAUGAUAAUAUUAAUAAUUGUGUAUCCAGGCUUUAUACUAAAUUUACAUUUUUUAUCCCAUGCAACAACAAUAACAGCAACGACAACAAGUAGUGCAAAAUAUGAGAACUAUGAGAAAUUAAUAUACCUUUGAAAAAGAAAAAUUCAUUCGUAAGUCAUGGAUAAAUUAAAUUUUAGUUGGAAUAGUUUUAAAUAAUAGAAUGUUUCAAAAUGGAUUUGCGGUUUAAUUAGGUAAGGAAUUGCGGAAAAUCUUUCUGAGGAAACAAAUAAACAGCAUGAAACUGCUAAAUACAUCGUGAUUUUAAUCCCUUUGAACAAUGGAUAUGCAAUUUUGUAGCAAAUCAGUGUUAAAAACGCAUCCUUUGUUCUUCUGCAGCAAAAUCAUUUUGAAUAUAGAAGUUAAUGAAGAUUUUUUCGUUACAUAUAUAGUUUUUUGUAAAAAAAUAAUAUUUUUACUGGGUGCUUUUUGUAUUUUAGUUAAAGCAUGUAAGCAGUGAAAUAUUAAAAAUAUAGUAAUAUAUAUAUAAGAAUGAAAUGUGUAAGUUAAGAAAUUCAGAAAGAUAGAAUGUUUUUAUAAUUUACGGUUUUCUGUUUUUGUUUAUUGUUUUUGUUGAAAACUCUAUUUAAUUCGGAUAUAAUUGCUUAAUCAUUCAAAAUUUUCGAGUUCAUAAUAAAACGAAAAGAAAUAAAAGCAAUUUGAUUUCUACAGAAGAACAUUUUUAUCGGCGUGUUAUGAAAGACUGAUUGAGUUUUGAUUGCAUUUAGAUUUUCUGUUCUUUUGAUUUCUCGAGAUAACGAUCAAGACAACAAAAGGAAGUUUUUAUCAAAAGUUAUUAUUUUUAUUUUUUUAUUUCACUCUUUGUUUAAGAAGAUAAUAUUUAUUUGUUUGACGUCAUAGAGGGAAGGGGUUAAUCUAGCUACACCACAAUAAGUCUGUUACAGAGUUAUCCGUCUUUUUCUUUUAAAGUAAAACAAAAAAAAAACUAAAAGAUAAAUUGAUUAAUAGGACAUAACAGUUUUAAUUUAAAAGGACCAUUUAAAGAGUGAUUUAUAACAUCCACUGGCGCGUGCCAUCAUUUUAAAUCGAUAUUAAAUAAACUUAUUGUUUUCAAAUAUCAAUAAUGUUUUUUCGUAUUGUUGUUGUCGUUUUUUAAA